AUGUCUGCUCCAAUGGAUCCAACUGCAUUAAAAGUUGCCGCCGCAACUAAUAUUCCACAAACAGCAGAAGGACAAAGAAGAACAGCUAAUGGAAAAUUCACUUUAGCUCAACUAAGACAAACUGAUGCUAUUGUACCUCUUCAAUAUGGAACAAAUCAAUUUGACUCACAAAGAGGAAUGACAGGAUUUGGAACGCCUCGUGAUGUUAAAGGAAAACAUCUUAAAAGAAUUUGGGAGCUUGAAUUUCCUGAUGAAGCUAUUCCAGAUGAUCAAAAAUUUAAUCCUCAACAGCAACAAUAA